AUGGAUCUAGCAGCUGCUGGCGAAAGGCAGCCACUACUACCUCCUCACGUCCGUGACGACUUCGCAGCUGGCGAGCCAGGAACAUAUAGUGGCACCACCACAGCGACGAACACUGAGGAUGGACUGUCCGAUAUCCUGGACCACAAGCUCGACGAGGAAAUUACAUGGCAGAGCGGAGCAUGGCUUAUCGCUUCACAUUCCCUCCCACUAAUCCCAACUUACCUUCUCCACUAUGCCUUCCAGAUGACUACAAUCAUUGCGGCUGCUUCUCAGCUAACUACUGAGGAGCUUGCCGGUGUGAGCUUGGGGAUGAUGACGUCCAAUAUCGUGGGAUUUGCUGUCCUGGAAGGCCUUGCCACGGCGUUGGAUACGCUUUGCUCUCAGGCUUAUGGGAGUGGGAGGUUGGAAAUGGUUGGGCUGCAUACUGUGCGCGUCACGGUGCUGAGUAACAUCAUCGCGAUCCCUAUCGGACUGAUCUGGGCCUUUUCACCCGAGUUAUUAGGGCAUCUUGUCCCGCAAGCCGAUCUUGCCUUGAACGCCGGGACGUUUCUACGAUGGAGCAUUAUCGGUAUACCCGGCUACGCAACCUUCGAGACAAGCAAGCGGUUCAUGCAAGCCCAGAAUAACUUCACAGCCGGCCUCUACGUCCUCCUCGUCUGCCUCCCCAUCAACAUCUUCCUCAACUGGCUGCUGGUCUACCACCUCCAACUCGGAAUCCCUGGCGCCGCCCUCACAGCCGCCAUCACAAAUUUCCUCCGGCCUGUCUUCCUGGCUGUCUACGCACUAUGGUGGGACCCCUCGAGUCUGAAAUGCUGGCCCCGACACCUCACCAUCCACGCCGUCUUCAGCGAAUGGGGCGCCAUCUCCCGGCUCGCGGCCCCUGCCACACUCAUGACUUUGAGCGAAUGGAUGGCCUUUGAAGUUCUCCAAAUCUCGUCCUCCUACCUUUCCGAAGCCGCCCUCGCGGCCCAGACUUUUGCGGGCACGGGCGCGAAUCUAGCCUGGCACAUUCCCUUCGCUGCUUCCGUGGCCACAAGUACACGCCUUGGCCAGAUGAUCGGGGCGGGGCAAUUGGAGAUGGCUAAGACGGUUUCGUGGUGGUAUCUCAUCAUCUUCGUCCUGAUAGGUAUAAUAAACAUGGGUCUCGAAGCCGGAGCGGUAGCCUGGAGCGGCUAUUACUUGACGGACGACCCGGUCGUGCGAUCCGCCGCCUUGGCAACAAUUCCAUGGGCGGCUCUAUUCUGUUUCUGGGAUUCCGUUGCUACGUGGUCGCAUGGGACGGUCAGGGGACUAGGGUGGCAGAACAUUGGGAGUUUCUUGAGUGUGGUUAUUACAUAUGGAUUUGGUGUGCCUUUGGCAUUGGUCCUGGAACUUGGUGCACCUCAUCUAGGGUUGAGGGGCUUGUGGAUAGGGUUGGGCAGUGCAAUUGGUUUGUUGACGGUUGUGGAAGGUUCGGUGGUCAUGUCGAGGGAUUGGAGGAAGGCUUAUCAGGAGGCGCAGGACAGGCAGGAGGAGUAA